CGCGCCGGGGGUGGUUAGUCGAUGGUUCAGUCUACGAACGUGAAAAAUUGCUAUUUCAAUCAAGAUCCGGUUAUAUUGUUUGUGUGAUUUGUAUAAGAAGAAGCGAGAUCGUACACUAUAUUCUUUUCACUGAUAAUUUUUCGAAUAACGACGUUAGAAUAGACGACAAGCACGAUAAAACUGAUUUGCGGAACUGCAGCGUACAAUACGCACGCGGUGUCUAAAAAUGGCGAAGGUGUUUCGCGCGGUGACAGUAUCGACUUUGUCAAACAAUGGACAGUCAACAGCAAAAUUCAACAAGCCGGUCACGCUUAAUAUCAAUUAUGAUCCACAAGGUCUCAGCGUUGAGUUCCUUGCAGGAGAAUCAACUGGUAGAGAUAAAACAACACUAUUGGAAUUUCCAGUAACUCCUAGUACAGAGUGUUCUAGAGUUUCAUCUAGAAGCUAUGUAUUCACACUUGAUACUGAUAGCUUACUUAUAACAUUUGUCAGUGAAACCGAUUUUAGAAAUUUCCAUUCACAAAUAUUGAAAUUAAAGAAUGGCAAAGGUGUUUCUGCAUUUAAUGAAAGGACUGAAGAAUCAUCAGCUAUGCAAUAUUUUCAAUUUUAUGGUUACCUAUCUCAGCAACAAAAUAUGAUGCAAGAUUACAUUAGGACUAGUACAUACCAGCGAGCAAUCCUAGGAAAUCUGUCUGAUUUUAAAGAUAAAGUUGUGUUAGAUGUAGGUGCAGGUUCUGGAAUAUUAUCAUUUUUUGCAGUACAAGCUGGUGCAAAAAAAGUAUAUGCAGUAGAAGCAAGUAAUAUGGCAAAUCAUGCAGAAUUGUUAGUUGCUGCUAAUAAUUUGUCAGACAAGAUUAUUGUCAUUGCUGGUAAAAUAGAAGAAAUUGAUUUACCAGAAAGAGUAGACUGCAUAGUGAGUGAACCCAUGGGUUAUAUGUUAUACAAUGAAAGAAUGCUUGAAACGUAUCUUCACGCAAAAAAGUGGUUAGUUCCAGGUGGAAGAAUGUUCCCCUCUCGAGGUGAUCUUCACAUUGCACCUUUUUCCGAUGAAAAUCUUUAUAUGGAGCAAUUUAAUAAAGCUAACUUUUGGUACCAAACAUGUUUUCAUGGUGUAGAUCUCUCAGCGAUGCGAAAUAAUGCGAUCAAAGAAUACUUUAGACAGCCAAUAGUUGAUACCUUUGAUAUAAGAAUUUGUAUGGCUAAAUCUAUAAGACACAUUGUAGAUUUUCAAACUGCUAAUGAGACUGAUUUACAUAAAAUAGAAAUUGAUGUGGAUUUUCACAUAUUGGAAAGUGGUACUUGUCAUGGUCUCGCAUUUUGGUUUGAUGUUGCAUUUAUUGGAUCAACGCAACAGGUUUGGCUAAGCACAGCUCCCACAGAACCUCUUACUCAUUGGUAUCAAGUUCGUUGUCUUUUGGAAAAUCCUUUGUUUUGUAAAAGCGGUCAACUGUUGUCUGGGAAAGUCAUUCUUAUUGCGAAUAAAAGACAAUCGUACGACGUAACAAUAGAACUGAAACUAGAAGGGACGAAUAUGGAAAGUAGUAGUAAUACUUUAGAUUUGAAAAAUCCGUACUUCAGAUACACAGGAGCAGCUGCACAACCCCCACCUGGUUUAAAUAAUACAUCUCCUAGCGAGUCCUAUUGGACUACUUUAGAUGCACAAGGUGCCAGACAAGCGGUAAACAUGGUUAAUGGAAUGUCUGUGAAUGGUUUAGGCGAAGUUUCUAUGGAUGCGACCGCAGCAGUAAAUCCCAGUAACUUGCUUGCAAUAGGAGGCCAACCAAAUAUUCAUCCCGGUUCGAUUUCGAGUACAGGGCGGGGACGAGUGGGGGGUACAGCGACGAGUACACAAGCAGCACAGUUAAUAGGUGGUGGAAUCACUCCAAAUAUGUUUACAUCUCCCGCUACGCUUGGUGUUACUUUCCAGCAAUCGCUGGUCCUUGGCAAUACUUCACAUUAUCCAGUGAAUCCCAGCUUGAUGAUUGGAGAUUAUGUGACACCUGGUAAUGGCAUAUCAUCUCAAACGUAUCGACAAUGAUCAAUGGCUAAAUCAUUUUGCACCGAAUAUUCUCAUUCGGCAAAACAAUUAAGUGAUCGCCAUAGCUCUAGCAGUAGCGGAGAUAUCAGCAACAACAAUAAACAGAGCCGCAAGUUGGUGUUUAGUUCUCCAGCAAGCAAAUUACGACUCUCAUCUGCUGUUCGUAUCUUAAACGCGGUUAACUUGGCCAAUCUUAAUACGAACGUUGGUCACGUUAGUGGCAGCAGCAGCAACAACUUCGCUUACUUUAAUAAAGUCAUCAUUGGUUCUGGUUUUGGAUUUGGAUGGAGCGUUAGAAGAAAUAAGUCACAAUGGGAAGCACGUUGGAGGAGAGUGCGAACCGUCCUCUCGUAGUUGUCAUUAAUUUCCAAUUAGCCUUUAUUUAAUUGAAAUCCCUUGAAGGUUUGAUCUUCCAGAUCGAGAAGUGCAUGCUUGCCAAAUGUACCCAAGAAAAUAAUAUUUUUUAACGACAAUACAGUUUACUAAAGCGUAAUGUUCCACGCGACAACUAUUUUACGGGAUCCUGAUACAACAUCGAUUGUACAUCAAAAUCAAAUUAACGAAAGCAACGGGAGUAAUCAUAGUUGCAAUCUUUUUCCCCCUAUUUCCUUCGAUGUACACUUUUUCAAAAAGGUUUCAGUAUCGGAUUAACCGUGCAUCUAACGAUUAAAACUCUACUGUGUAUACAGGUUUGAUUGAGUUUCGAUCUUAAGCGAUUUUUACACAAUGUUUAGGUAUAUAUAGCGUAAUAACGUUCCGAAUAUUUCGAAAAGUGCAAAAAGCAAUAAUUCGUUAGGGAUACGAUAUGGAGCACUCUGUGGCAUUGCCUGUUAUUUAUAUCGAUUUUAUUUUCGAGGUGGUUAUAUUCAAUGAAUCCUUCUUAUACUUUUCCUCUAUUGAAAACGAAAAAAAAGGAAAAAAUAUAUCGAAUAUGAAAAAUUCCGUAUGGUUACGUCCACCAUAAUUUCAUUUAAUUUCUGAACUGUUAUUUUUUAUUUUUUAGUACGUAAUACUUCCGUUAAUUAUUUAUAACUUAGAGAAGAACAGAGAAAUUGUAUAUAAUUAAUUACAUAAAUCGAUCGACCCGAUGAUAUAAUUUGCAUUAACAAUAAGAGAAAGAAGAACAUAUUCCAAUAAAAUGACGAUAAAUUAUGUUGCGAUUCGUAUGUAGCUGAUUUACUGUAUUGUAUUAUUGCAAUGUACAGAUACUAGAAUAGCAUGUAUAGGCACAAUUUCAAAUUUGUGACAUUUGUAUUACAUAUCGGCCUUCGGUCAAUAGGAUUAAUUCUAUACUUUUAGUGUACUUCUAUUAUAGUAGAAUUCUACGUAUGUCGUCCCCAUAUGUCUCAUAUUGAUUACUCAUUUCAUUGAGUAACUAAAUUUUCCUUUGUUGUAAAUUGAAAAGAAGUGGAUUUUGUUGUUUUAGUAAAAUAUGACUUAUAAUAUUCUAAUAUUUAUAAGUUUAUGAAAUAAUAAUUAUAUAAACAAUAUAUAACGAAACAUUUUGUCUAUUUCUAUAAAAAGCAUACGUUAAACAAGAUCCAUUUGUUUCAUUUUUCAAUCUUAACAAAUUUUGUUAAGCGGUAUAUAAUAAAAAUAGGGCAACAUUUUUUUUAUAGUCUCGAAGUGACGAACGACUUAUUUAAUUGAAUGAGUAAAGAUAUAUUUCUAAAUUAAAGAUUCAGGUAAUCUUCUGAUAAUAAGGUAUCUUUGUGAUAUUUGUAGAAAUGGAGUAAACACGCGUAGUGAUGUCAAUGCGAUUUUUACAUCUUUCUUUGCUACAGUUUAAAGAUGCAGAGUUAUAAAAUCUUUCGUUUUUAUUUUUAACAAAACCUGAAGAACAUAUAAAUAUGUAUAAAAAGUAUUAUAUUUUUUUAGGUUCUUGUUAUUUUUUACAUAUUUCUGUAUUCAUUGUCACAGUUUCAUUCUAUAUAUUUUGGUGAUCCUAAAUUGUAUUAUUCGAAGAUUAUCUAUUCAUAAUAUAAUUGUACAUAUGAUACUCUUAAUUUUUACAAAUUGAUUAUAUUCAGAUCUCGAUAAUAACGCUUAAGUCUCAUUAGUUCCUAAGGAGUGCUCUUUAGUUGCUAUUUGCACAAACUUGCUUUUCAUUUUAAGAUACUUGUUUUUGCUUUUAAUAUAUCAGUCCUAUAUAUCUUGGAAAGUACUUUCAAACUUAAUGAACCAGUUAGGUAUACGUUGCUUUCACAAAGAAGAGAAUCGUUUGGUUUGAGACCAACUUAUAGUCUUGCAGAUUAAAUUUUUCGGAUUUGAUGUGUACGAUAUAAACGUUUAUUUUAACGUUUAUUUUAUUGAUUUAUUGUCACUCUUACAGAGGGUUUCCUUUAUCGAUGAUGUAAUGCUAAAUGUGUAAAUAAUUUGCUAGUAUUCUUUGAUGUUUGUUUAAGGAGUGGUUGUAGUUGUACGUAACGGAGCAUAUAAUUUUUUUAGUGUAUGUAUUUAAUAUUUGAGAUCACAUUGACUGCAGGCAUUCCACAAGUGCUGAUAACAUUAUACAAUUCGUUACUCUAUAUAAAACAUGAACAUGCCUCUUCCAAUCUCGUUCUUUCUCUAUUUCUCUUUCACUCUUUCUCUUUCAGAGAAAAAAAAAAAAAAAAAAAAAUUGGAAACAUUAAAAGCAAUAUUUAGAAUCGAACGCGUACAAAAGUAUUAGUUACCGUGUGUUUUAAGUUUCAAUAGGAGAGACAAAAGAUUGAGUAAAACUAAGCAUAUACCUUUUUUGAUAUUUUUCUAGAUAUUGCUUUCAGUGUUAGCGCGUGUACUUUCAAGCGUAUGUUCUUUCUUUUUUUCCUUUACCGUCUUUUUUUCUCUUUUUUUAUUAUUCCAUUUUAGAAAAUUUUUAACGACUGAAAGAUACAAAAUAUCUCAGGUAGCCAAGUAAGUUUGAAGGAUACUGUUUUUAUACAUUUUCUGCCACUUUUCAAUUGUGCGCUCGAAUUUCGGAAAUUUAUGGUUACGUGUGGAAGAGAAAAAAGAAUAAGUUCUUCCCAUUUACUCUUCAUAAUAUUGAGCUUAAUUAAUUGCUUUCAUCUAGAUACGAAAUAUUUGCAAAUAAAGAAAAUGUACACGUAUUAGUUUGGAUAGCAAUGAGAAAAUGUUUGCGUACCACAAAAGAUUUAUUACUCAAUAAUGUCAUUUCUGAUAUUGUUUUCUAGUUCUCUUGUAAUGUGUGAUAAAUGAAGAGUUAUUAGGUGAUGUAGAAAGUAUUAAGUAUUAAUCGAUUUGCACCAGGAAAUAUAGUUUUAAAAUUUGAUAUAAAUCAUUUGUUUUAAUUAAUCGAUAAUUUAUGAGGCAUUAAAUUUUAUAAAUUGACAUUCAGUGACAUUAUAAAAUCAUAUCUGUUAAAUAUUUCCUGUUGCUAAUGGAUUAAACAUUUUUCCAUUUUCUUUUGAGUGGCCAAACCGAAGAGUGAUUUAUUUAAUUAUAAAAAUUUUGUAACUCGGUUUCGAUCCUUUUUUCUAUAUUAAAAUUUUUUACAAUAACCGAAA